AAUAGCAAGGCGGAAUAUAUUUUGAGGAUAUUCUAGCAUUUUCACCGGCAAAUUGUGGGGGAAAGUGCGAAAAUGGUGCUUCAAAUUUCACUUGAGCGCCAUCGAAAAUGGUGACGUCACUUCUGUCAGCUGUUCGAUGAGCGCCAUUCUGCAGUCGCCAUUUGUAUUGUGAACAAAGCGAGAGUCAGGAGUUUUGUGGCAUCCUCGAUGGUGAUUGCAAUCGUAAAAUAUCAAAGUAAUCUAGAGUUAUAAAGUGAACGUGCAGGAUGAGUGGAAACAUGCCAGAGCUUGGCUCCAAGAUAAGCCUCAUUUCGAAGGCGGAUAUCCGAUAUGAGGGCCGAUUAUUCACCGUAGAUCCCAACGAAUGCACCAUAGCGCUGGCCAAUGUGCGCUCCUUCGGCACGGAGGACCGCGAGACGCAGUUCCCGAUCGCGGCGCAGAACCAGGUGUACGACUACAUCCUGUUCCGCGGCUCGGACAUCAAGGACAUCCGCGUGUGCAACAGCGCGCCGAUCCCCAACGAUCCGGCCAUCAUGCAGAUGCACCUUCCGCAGAUGGGGCAGCAGCCCUUCCAGCCGCCGCACUUCCCCAUGGCUCUGGGCCACCCGAUGGGCGGGCCGCCGCAGAUGGGCCAGUUCGGGCCGUACGGUAUGCCGAUGGGGGCUGCAGUGGGGGCGCCCGGCGGCCAGGGCAUGGCUCCCGGCCAGAGCAUGCCGGGCCUCCCGACGGGCGGCAUGCAGAAGCAGAAACCGAGUGAAUUGAAUGUGGCCAUUCCGGAGCCCGCGGAUUUCAACAAAGGAGGUGAACAAGCUUCCAUGCUGGAGUUCAUUGGCGGCGGAUCGCGAUCGACGACACCGCAGAGUCUGUCGCGCAAGAGUCCCACGAUGGACAUGGGCGUGCAGGUGAAUCAGCCGAUCGGACGCAAUGAUGCCAACAAGCGUGUUGCGGACAAGAGCGGCGGAAAUGCGUCUCAGAAUCCGAACAGGAGCAACAAUCAACGAGAGCGCCGCGAUUCCGGCAAGAAUGCCGUGGCGAACAAUCAGGAGAACUUGCCUCAAGGCGCUGAGAAAGCGAAGCAGUAUCAAAACAAGAAGCCGCAGUCGAGUCAGCUUCCAUCGCAGCCUGGCGGCCAGAAUGUCCAAAACAAUCAGCAGCAGCAGCAGCAGCGAGGGUGGAUUCAGCGCGGCGGACAGAUGCGUGGCGGCCGCGGCGGGCGCAUGAAUCGCGGAGGACCGAAUCAGGCGUUCUUUUGGCAGAACUUCCGGCAGCAGGGCAACACUGGCGGCGGCCCCAAUGCAAAGGCGCGCGGCGGCAAGUCCAUCAAGUUCGAUAGUGAUUAUGAUUUUGAGCAAGCGAACAGCAAAUUCGAGGAACUGCGGUCGCAAUUGGCAAAACUCAAGGUGGGCGAAGAAGCCAAACCUGAACAGCAGGUGAAUGGCGAGAGUGACAAGAAGGACGAUUCGGGCAAUGAGACGGGAGCUGGCGAGCAGGAAGUGGAGGAGGACGCUGAUAUCUGUGUUGGGUAUGACAAGACCAAGUCGUUCUUCGACAACAUCUCAUGCGAGGCCGCCACGGAUCGCUCCAAGGGGAAGAAUCGCACGGAUUGGCGCCAGGAGCGCAAGCUGAACAGCGAAACGUUCGGCGUCUCGUCCACGAGGCGAGGAGGAUUCCGAGGACGAGGCGGCGGAUUCUACAACCGCGGCCCUAACAUGGGCAUGGGCGGCGGAUAUCGUGGCAACUUCCGAUCGAACAACUACCGCGGCAAUCGCAACAUGCGGCAGAGCGGCGGAAAUCAGUCGACCGGCAUACCACAGAAGCAGGGCAACUCUCAGCAGUCUCAGGCGGCGUCUUCGGCCGCGCCAUCAGCUGCUCAAUAAUGUAUGAAAUUGCUGGCAAAAGGAGAGAUGACUUUUACACGGCAGACCAAUUCCUCCUUGUCCACGUGAGAUGAAGAUGAACAGCGAAGAGACGUGAAAUGAAUUUAAACACAACGCGCAGAAAAGAUGGAAGAUGACGAUGAUGAAUUCAGGGAGUGAAAGGGAAGUGAAACAAAAAGGAUACAAUGGAAUUAUAUAUAUUUGUGCAACAAUUUGGGAGAUGUGAAGUGAAAAAAGUAGCUUUUGGCGUAACUAUUUAAUAGGGUGAGAAGAGAAGAUGAAGAAGAGAUCAGGCGAGGAGGAAAGGAAGGAAUUGAUGGAGAAGUGAAGUAAGAUAAAAGAAGAAACACUGAAGAGAGAGAAAGAGAGAGCAUGAUGGGGAAAUUUCUCUAGAAAAUCACACACACAAUAAUUAGAUUAACAACUAUGAUGAGUGGAUGUGUAAUUUUUUGUACCCUUUUAAACAAAACAUUUAGUAAUUUGUGGAAAAGAAAAACUGUCUCUUCUAAGAGAAGCAAAUGGAAAACAAACGCAUGAUAAUUAUAGGGAGGACGGGAGAAACGAAGAUACAUAAAUUACUUUCUUUCUAAGGAGUGUGUGGAACACCUAACAAAUUAACAUUAUAUUGAGAUAAUACAAAAAGAAAAAGACUGUUGAAAAUUGCAAAUGAAGGGUUUUAGAGAAAGAAAGAGAGACAGAGAGAGAUAAAGAAGUAGAUGAAGAGAAGUGAGGUUUAAUAGUUAAGUUAAUCGGGGAGGAGAUUUGAUUUAUUUUUUCAAUGAAUAUUAUUUGUAAUAGUGGAAGAGAAAAAAAGAACCAGUAAGGAUGGCAAAAGGAGUUCCAGGAAAUCCAUGAAUGUAACACACUUUAAUUUCCGUUUAGGGAUAAAAUUUAUAGAGAAAUUGAUGAGGCAAAAAGAUGAAAUGGAGAAAAAAAUGAAAAAUGCACGUGAAGUUAUGAGAAUAAAUCAUGAAAUAAUGGCUAAAUAGUAUUGGAGUUUAUGGUGAAGUUGUCUUGUAAUGCAAGUGGGUUUAGAGGUAUUUUACUACAUUUCUUUUCCAUUAUUGAAUCCUCUUUUAUCACACACACAAACACAAAGUGAAUGAGUAGAAACCACAGUUCUUUUUUAUUGUAUCAUAGGAAGAAGAAAAAAAAAGAGAAAAGGCUAAGGAAGGUCGAAUUUUAUAAGUAAAUGUAUAAUGAGAGUGAGAGAUUUGAGGAAAGAGAUAAGAAGAGUCCUUGUAAAGUGAAGAGCGCGCGAUGAUGGAAAAAUUGUCAAUAGAAUAGUCUUGAGAAAAGCUAAAUAAAAGAGUGUAAUCAACUGUUAACUCUUUAAUAUUAAAUUGAACACAUAAGUAUGUAAUUGCAAAUGAUGGCGAAGGAGUAAUAUUAAUAUUAAUGUAAUUGUGGCUAAUAUUUAAAGCAGAAAAAAGAAGUCAGUGAAGACAGAGAGAGAACGGGAAAACCACACUCUCGCACACACACACAGUUCAGGGUGUGUGUGUUAAAAUCUAUCUGCGCUCGCGAGAUUUGCAGUAUAAUUGAGAUCAAAAAGAAGAAGGGAAGGAAGAACAAGAGCAAGAAGGCGAGCAUGAGAGGCAGAUAGAUUCAACAAAGUGGAUGAAAAUUGCAUCAGAAACCAGUUAAAUUAUGCGGAGAGAUAUUGAAAGUAGAUUUUUUUUCGUAAAGAAAAAACAAAAAAAACAAUUAUGAUUUACGCACGCAAAAAGGCGAUAAACAUUCGAGAGAAGAGAGAUAAAGAGUGAAUGUUUUGCACGAGUUCUUUAAAUGCAGAGUUUAGCUGUUUUCUUGUAAUGCAACACUUUGUUUUUUCCUCCCAAUUCCUUUAUUUUUCUCUCUUGCGUUUAAGAAGGUAAUAUUUUAUUAAUUUAAGAUCCUCACCGUGAAAUUGAUAUAUAAAUAAUGCGCUGGUGACAGUGAAAAAGGGGAGAAAAGACACAAGAAGUUUUGAUGCAGAGAACAUGAGGAAGAGAAUUCUCUCACUUUUUUUUAUUUUUUCACUGGGUGCCGCACGAAUCUCGUAAUUGAUGAGCUUCUUUAAGUUCUUCUCCCUUCGAUUGUUUCUGUCUUAUUUGGCUCCUUUUUUCUUCGUCUAUUUUUAGAUGGACAAAACAAAGUUCCACUGGCUAAUUUGUAAGGCAGGAAACCGUCUAGAGAGAGAGAGAGUGGCUUUUUGAAGGGCAGAAGAAGAGAUGAUGUGAAGUAGUUUUUCGCGUCUUUCCUUUUUAAGAUGAACAUUAUACAAGAUAAAGAAAAAAAGAAGUAAAAAAAAAAACAUUACAAAAAGGCAGAGUGAGAAAUACAAACGAAUUUCCUUUUUGCAAGAAGAAAAAUAGGUACAUUUACUGAAAAAAAGCAUAAAAAAGAGGUAUGAAAUGUUUAUAUUUCUCUCCACACACAGAAAAAGCGCCUCUCUAUCUCAAUUUUAAGACAGAAAACUAAGGCGAACUGUAAUGAAAUAGAAUGCUAAGCUUCCGAACAGAGACGCAGUCUAAGAUUUUAUGGCACUCAGAGAUCAAUAUAUGAGGUGGAAAAAAAUGAGAUAGAGAAAGAAAUAAACAUUUUAAUUUAAAAUACACUGAGAGAACAUGAAGAAUUUAAA